GGGAAAAAAAUCAGAAGGCGAAAAAAAGACUAAAAGCCGCACCUUUGUCCAUGGCGAUAAUUCGCAAACAACACUGAAAAAAAAUAAUUCUUUGUCUGAACUUCUUCUGCUUCUUCUACAUACGAAUCUCGAUCCGAUUACGCACUCGCCAAUCGCGAUAAGGUUUUUUUUUGCCUUUUGCCCAAUUGCUUCUGAUUUUUUCAGCUCAAAAUAUUACGGAUUUCGCAGCGCCUUUUUUUUUGGGGAUUUUGGAUUCUGGUUCCUAGGGCAGGUUUACAGAUUCUCUAUUUAUGAUUGAUCAGUCAUUGGGGGCAAAAAAAAUAAAAAAAAUAAAAACCCUUUUUUUUUUUUCGAUUUGAGUUGCUGAACAAUGGCGGCUAUCGCAAUGUUGGAUCUAUUGAGGAAAAAUCCAAACUUUGGUGGCCAGGCGUUUAACUCGAGAGGGCUAUUCUCCACGAAACUCGUCGGAGCAUCCUCCGCCGCAGCUUCUUUCGCCAUUUCAACUCCUUUUGCCUUUGGCGCAUUCUUUGGAGAUGGUGCUUCGCGGGUUUCCUACUGCGAUGCCGGAAUAGCUAUUGACGAAGAUUACAUUUCGAGUAUAAGGAGUGCAUCCGCAAAUAUAUUUCAGAGCGAUGCACUGAAAUACACUACCAAGCAAUACGAUAUUGAGUUGAAAUCGCUGUUCUCGGCAUUUCACUGGAAGAAUCUCGCCGUGACGUCGUUGAGGUCUUUCUUGUUAUUCUACUUGCCUCUUUUGGAGCCCAAGCCAGAAGCUGACGAGGACGACGAAGAUUUUCUUGAAAAUCCCGAAGAACAAGAACCUUUGGAUUUGUCCGUUCCUUUCAAAAAAUCAGUCAAACAAAUUAUUCGCGAGACUAGUGUAGUUACUACAAGACGUGUUUUUGAGAGACUUGCAGUUCAUUAUGUUUCACAUAGGAUGGCCUGGAAGCUUCUCAAAGAUGUUCCAAAGUCGGCCGCUCGCAAGGCUGCAAGGAGACUGCCGGUUCUAACAUACUUCAGCUGCGUCAGCAAAACCACUUUUCGAGGGCAUCUUCUUGCCGUUUUAGCAUCGUGGACAGUUCAAAUUAGCAUCGAUAUAUACCACUUCUUUGCUUCUAUAUAUAAAACCAGUAAAGACGAAGAAGAAGCUGAUACAGUUGAAACUUCACAACAAGUUCGCCUUCUUGGAAAAAGAAUUUGUGGGGCCACUUUUAAGUGCGGCGCCUCGCUAGUUUUCGCGUCUAUUGGAGCUGGAAUUGGAGCAAUGUUCAUUCGUCCUACGAUUGGCCAAUGGAUUGGGUGUGGCCUAGGCGAUUUAGCGGGACCCGUUGUGGUUACAUUCAUUUUUGAGAAACUUAACUUUGAACUCUAAACGGUGGCACGGUGCACUUGUCGAAAUCUCCAUACGCAUACACUUGUCGGGGUCUUGUUGCUCCUGCAGUAACUCGAUGCUUUCUUUUUUUAUCUUUCUAUAUUUCAUUUUUUUGAGAAAAAUCGAACUUGUUUUUCGAUUUGGGAUUUACAUAGAAACAUGAUUGAUUGAUAAUAUGUUUAGGAAUACAAUCAGUUGUUAAUUUAUUUCAUGAACUUGUAGUUGCAAGAAUUUGCGAGACUUGUGUCUUAAUUGGUGAUACAAUUGAUUUUUAUUUUUGGAGUUCAGUUGGUCUCAAUAGUAUGUAUGAGAUGUUCGUAAUAAAGAUCUUAUUUUCCUCA